GCCGAUCAGAUCAACUCGAUCAUCCCGAUCACCCAAAUUCCCCGAUCAGGCCCGACCAUGCUCGACUAAAGGCGAAUACACGACUUCUUCUCGACCUCUUGUCGAUCACACACGAUUUCCACACGAUUAUUCACGACUCCUUCACGACGUCAACCCGACCACCUUUCCGAUUUCCGCUCGAUCAUCCCGACCUUUACACGAUCCCUACACGAUCUCAACUCGACCUACUGGAUCUCUGCUCGAUCGGUGUCAGAUCUUUCCCCGACCCGAUCGUCAUAGUCGUACUCGAGUCGUAGAAGGUCGUGAACAGUCGUGUACCAAAACUUUUAGAAUAAAAACUUCAAACAGUGUUGAUCAUUAUCACUUCAUCCUGAAACUUCAUGGUAUAUGUUGUGUCCAGCAUAGUAUACAUAUUUAUGGAGAUUGAGCAGUUGCAGAUGUGGGCCAGAUGGUUAGAGCUCCAGAGAGACAGGGCCAUUGCAGUGCUAGAGUUGGAACAAGAGGAAGAGGCUGAGGGUCGUAGGCAUAGACGUAGGCGACAAAUGCGCAGGAAAAUAUGGAUGAAGCAGUGGCUUGCACGACGACCCCUGUAUGGGCAUUAUGAGCAACUGCUACAGGAGCUAAACAGGGAAGACCCAAAAGGAUACAAAAAUUUCCUAAGGGUAGACGCUGAUAUGUUUGGGGAGCUUGUUGAUCGCAUAUCACCCAGAAUUCAGAAAAAGAACACCAACUUCAGGGAAGCCCUGGAGCCUGGAUUGAAGUUGGCGGUCACUCUUCGUCAUCUCGCAACUGGAGCCUCGUAUUCAGACUUGAUGUACUCAUUCCGAGUGGGAAGUAACACAAUAAGUAAAUUCGUCCCUGAAGUUUUGGAUGCUAUAAUACAGGAGUACUCUGAAGAGGUUUUGCCAGACGUCGUCACUGCUGAACAAUGGCAGCAGAUUGCAGAUGACUUCCGAACCAAGUGGAAUUUUCCUCAUGUCUGCGGGGCUCUUGAUGGUAAGCACGUGAGGAUAAAGAACCCGAAGAACUCUGGAUCUCUGUUCUAUAACUAUAAAGGCUUCUUUUCCAUAAUACUACUCGCACUCGUAGACGCAAACUACAAAUUCAUUAAUAUUGCCGAAAAAAACAUAUACAUGUAG